CCGUGGUGCUGGUGCGCAGCAGCUAGUGUCGAUGCGCUCCCUUCAUUUCCCGCAUAUCUCCUUUCCUGGCUUGGUGGCGUCAUCAUCCCUAUGACGUAAUUUCAACUUGGACGGUGGCCAACGUUCAACUGCGCACUCUGAAACUGCUCUGACACUCAAACACACUUCAUGAACACCAUCAUGAACCAUAAUCCAACCCAAAUAAUUGCCUUUUUUCUCUGCCUAUCAUCCUCUGCGUAUGCGCAAGCUCUCGAUCCGUAUACCUCAUAUUGGAGCGGUGCACGCAUCGCUGGACUUGUGAUCGGCAUCUUGUUUUUGCUAUUAUUACUCUCAGCGUGCUGUAUAUCUGUAAAUCGUAGUCAGCGACGUUCGACAUCUGCCACUGUACCCGGGACGAAUGCUCAGCCAGGCCUACCUUACUCACCUCCAAUAUGGCAAGGCGCGCAGACGUAUGCACCUCCGCCUGGUCCCCCACCUGGUCACCCGUCCAAUACUGCAAGCAUGAAUCCAUAUGAACUUAACGAGUAUCCUGGAUCACAGCCUCCCCCUCCAUAUGUGAAAGGAGGAGAAGGAGUCGAAAUGCCGCAGGAAACAAAUUACUCCUCGCCUCCAGGCCCCCCGACGGCUGCACAUAUGAGAGAGGACAAUCGUUUUGUAUGAGAUCUCACUGCUCAGGAACGUUUCAUGAAUUGCGGAAUGGUUCCGCGGCAUCUAUUCUUGCUUCAUACAUAUCAGACAUAAUGAUCACCCUACUAAGAAUGGCAUAUUGUUUGAACCCUUGUGUAUCAUGUCUUCUAGGUGUAUAAUACUGACAUCUAUUUGUUCAUCCUAACCUAAUCACACCUUUAGUCCAGUCAUACGGCCUUACUCGGCAUAGACGUUCACACAAUUUAUCCCACCUACUGAGUCCGGAUGAGCUUCGCGGGUGCCAGUGUGUAAAAUACCACCCGGCGGUUACCAAUCAGU